CCCAAUCCUAUAUUGUUCUUAAUUUCACGAUCACAUGUCCAAGAGCAAGCGUUUGAAAAAGGGAAAGCAAGCGUAGGACAACGGCUUUGCCGGCGUCACUUCGGUCAGUGGUUAGUCAAGCUUUUAUAUGUGAAUUAGCCUGUAUUUUGUUGCUCUUCUACUUCAUGAGCGACAAAAACUUACCCAACCCAACAAAACCAUCUGGAGAAAUUGAUUUUGGGGGAGUAGGAGAUUUCGGAGCUAAUAAUGUGCAAAUUCUUUCAGAGAAUAAUGAUGCUUCCAAUAAACAGAUUAAGUGUUCAAUUGAUAGGCUCAGUGCAUUGCCAGAGUGCUUAGUUAUUCACAUCCUUUCUUUUCUGGGUUUGGAGAAAGCUGCUAUUACGAGUGUUUUGUGUAAAAGAUGGAGAUAUCUUUGGGCAGAGUUGCCCAAUCUUGACUUCUAUUUCUGGGGGAGCAGUAAUGAUGGAACUAAGAAAAUAGGUGACUUUGUGGCUUGGGUUCAUAAGACCCUUGCUACUCGUAAUGCUAAGUAUCUGGAGAGGUUGACAGUUAGGUUCCCCUACCUCGAAUGUUUUUCAUCCGAUGUUGAUAGCUGGCUUGAGUUUGCUUCAAAAAACGAGGUGAAAAAAAUUGAUUUUAACCUAAGCUCCACGGAUUAUUUCUAUACUCUUUGUGACAUGAUGUAUUCACACCCUUCCUUGACAUCAUUGUCAUUGAGUGGAUGCAUUUUGAAUCCUAAAACAAAAAUCGAGUGGCAGUCUUUGACUUCAUUAGAGAUUUGGGGUGUGGAUUUGCCUCAGAAUGUGGUUGAAAAAGUACUAUCAUGUUGUUCAGUUUUGGGUAAAAGAUGGAGAUAUCUCUGGGCAGAGUUGCCCAAGCUUGAGUUCUAUUUCUGGGAGAACAGUGGUGAGGAAACUAAGAAAAUAAGUGACUUUGUGGCUUGGGUUCAUAAGACCCUUGCUACUCGUAAUGCUAAGUAUCUGGAGAGGUUGACAGUUAGGUUCCCCUACCUCGAAUGUUUUUCAUCCGAUGUUGAUAGCUGGCUUGAGUUUGCUUCAAAAAACGAGGUGAAAAAAAUUGAUUUUAACCUAAGCUCCACGGAUUAUUUCUAUACUCUUUGUGACAUGAUGUAUUCACACCCUUCCUUGACAUCAUUGUCAUUGAGUGGAUGCAUUUUGAAUCCUAAAACAAAAAUCGAGUGGCAGUCUUUGACUUCAUUAGAGAUUUGGGGUGUGGAUUUGCCUCAGAAUGUGGUUGAAAAAGUACUAUCAUGUUGUUCAGUUUUGAAUAUCUUGACUCUGCGGGCUUGUUGGGGAUUUACUUGUUUGAAGAUAAACUCCCCAAAUCUUUGUAAGCUUCGAGUGCAUGACUCCGACGAAGAAGAAAGUGAAAAUUUCCUUGAGAUCUCGGCACCCUAUCUAAAAUCUUUGGUUCUUUCGUUGUAUCCUAUAGAGAGGAAGUUGAAGCUCACUGACCUUUCAUCUCUUGUUAGUGCUCAGUUUAGAUUCGCUGGAUACACUUAUGGUCCAAUGUAUGAGGAUGUCCUCACUAAUACGAAAGAAAUCUUUGAAAACAUUCAACAUGUCAAGGAGCUUGAGCUUGGUCAUGAGCUCCUAGGGGCUAUAGCAGCAUUGGCGCUGGAUGCUAGUUGGCAGCUUCCCAAAUCUACACGAAAGAGUUUGAAAAUAAAUACAUUUAUUGAUGGUGAGGAUUAUGUUUCUGCCAUUGUAAGUCUGCUUGAAUCUUCUCCUGAUCUGGUGGCAUUGGUCAUAGAAUGCGAUGAUCCAUAUGGGGUGGAUGAUAGUUGGGAACCACCUGCAAGGGAUGAUUUAGGGUGUGACUUAUUGCACCUGAAGACGGUUGAGUUGAUUGGCUUGGCAGAUCAAGUUCUUGGCGGUGAACCAUUGCUUACAUUGGCACGAGUCAUUCUCAAGAGGGCAACAGCCUUGGAAAAGAUGUCAAUUGUGGCAACUACAGAAACCACAGAAGAAUUUGUCAAGAUAGGUCAAACCUUGCUAACUUACCCGAGAUCCUCACCAAAUGCAUCCAUCCACUUCCUUUAGAUCAUUGCUUUUUAGUUUUGUUUUGACAUUCUUCUGAUCUUAAUCAAAUGUCCAGUAUAGCCUGUAUUUAUUUAGACACAAAAUUAUAUCAUGUCUUUCAUACAUCAACUUGGAUGUGACUCUUAAAUCUGAUUCUUGGGGAUGUUUAAAUCUGAUUUUUAAAAUUGCUUCUUCUCCUCCAAGGAGUAGAAGCAGUUGCAGUA